CUGGAUAAUGAUUUGAAAUUUGAAAUAGAAACUCAUUUACAAGCAUUGGAAAACGAAUUUCACCGGUACUAUCGAGAUGUUAAUUCCGAGUCACCAAUAUGGCGCAUGACCAGAAACCCAUUUGUUGUCGAGGUCUCAGAUUUGCCUGAAGAUGUUCAGGAAGAAUUUCUAGAAAUGAAGGCUGACUCGACCAUGAUGGAUGACUUCCAUCUCUUAACAUUAGAGAAAUUUUGGGUCAUACGAUUUCUUGUUAAUCCCAAUUAA